AUGGUUUCUGAGAACGAUGAAAUGCCUAUUGGAUGGCCAUUUGGUCUUGGCAUUUUGAAUACCAGACUUAGAGAUGUAGAAUCACCAACUGCUCCAGUAGAGCCACACUCAAUGCACAUUCCGUCCACCAGUUUUUCCUCGUUCUCAUCCUCCAACCUUGAUACUGAGUCCACAGCAUCUUUCUUUCAAGACAACAGUGUAUCCCUUGGCCAUCUCAUUGGAUUGAGAGCAGGUGAAAAGGGACGCUUGUACUUCCCAAACUCAUUAAGAAUAGAAGAAAGGGAGGAGAAAACAUUAGCAAAUGGGUCCAGUUCUGAUGAUGCCUCUGAAGCAAAACACCACCAUUGCGACAACUCCAAACUUAAAGCCCGAAAUAAAGAAGCCCAGACCCAUAACUCCCAUGCCCAGGGCAAGACCGGCCCGCUUAGGACCUGA